CCAAACCAUCAGCCAAAGCUCGUGACACAAUAAAUGCCCUAUUCGAUUCAUCUUUCUACCAUUUUCUAACAACUCAGAAAAUGUGAAGCUGUACAAUUCCCGAAGAUCAGAUCAAGGAUUUCUCCGCAGUUUUCCAGCGUGCAGAGAGAAAUUCUGGUGUGAUCAGAACCACCGUCUCAAAACCAAAACAUCUCUCGUCUUCAUCGACAAUUUUCUAUCGACAAUUCCUAGGAAAAAAAUCCCUUUACCCCCGUAGUUGUUCGCUUGUACCGGCAUUACUUGUUUCUCGAUCUCCGAGGAGAUGCCGGAGAAAACAGAGUAUACAGAGCAAGAUAAGAAGGGCGGGAAGAUGAGGGUGCAGCUAAAUCUGGGCAAAAGCGGUGGAAUUUUAGUGCUUUUGGGUGGAUUGUUGGUGACUGUGCUUCUUUCAUCAGCUUUUAGAAAGCGGAGGAAACCGACCGGAAAAGUCGACGGCGGAGAUGAAAACGGACCGGAAAAAUCGGCGGCGGCUGAAGAGGAGAGUGGGAUGGGGGACGACGGAGAAAGGAUCAACGGCGACGGUGAAGAGCCGGCGAGGCAGGGGAUUCAGUUCAUUCUCUCUAGUCCCUCUUCACUCUUAAAUGACGAACUCAGAAUCAAAGACAGAGACAAUCUGAUUACAGUGCAGGCAUGUGAAGAACAACAAGACAGCCUAGCAAGUGGCUGUGAUGAUCAGGAAAUAUUCACCAAUAACAGUUCCAUUCCCGCCACAUCUUGUGAGCAGGAAAACUCAUCUCAGUCAUUUGGAAAUCAUCAUCUUGUUCUGGAGGAAGUAAGCCUGGACAAUAGUUCUGAAGAAGGCACACUCAACUCUGGGGAUUUCAUCAAUAUCAUAAAAACUGAUUCUUUUUCCACCAAACAAGAAGAAAUGGAGAUAUUGAGAGGUGAUAGUGAUCAAAAGAACACUUCCUUUGAGCAUCUUGGAGACUUUCAAGUCAAUGAGAAGAAUACAGAUUUAGUUUCUAAUAUGAAUGUUCCUACCGAUAUUACUACGUCUCAAAUGGAGAUGAACCUAGAAGACGACACCGCUAUCUCAACCGUGCAAAAGACGCCAACUGUGAUAGUCAAUCUCACAGAAAAAGGCAGUGAAAAGGAAAAACUCCACUCAAGUGUUAUGCCAUCUAACGAAAAAGAGGGUGAAGAAAUUGUUGAUGACCAUAAAAGCGAUGAUGGUGAUGGUGGUUUGUAUGAUCAUGAUGGUGUUUCCAGAAACCUAGAAGACAGGUUAGACAGCACCCCAAUCUCAACUGCCCAAGAGAAGCCAACUAUGCUAGUCAAUCUCAGAGAAGUACAAGAAGACAUUGUUGACAAUGAUGAUGAAAAAGUCCACUCAAGUGUUAUUCCAUCUAAUGACAAAGAGGGUGAAGAAAUUGUAGAUGAGCAUGAACAUGAUGAUGGUGGUGGUAAUGAUAAUGAUGAUGAUGGUGUUUCCAAUCAAAAGGAAAGAAGCCUAGAAGACAACACCCUAAUCUCAACUGUGCAAAAGAAGCCAACUAUGCUAGUCAAUCUCAGAGAAGUACAAGAAGACAUUGUUGACAUUGAUAAGGAAAAAGUCCACUCAAGUUUUAUGCCAUCGAAUGAAAAAGAGGGUGAUGAAAUUGUUGAUGACCAUAAACGAGAUGAUGGUGAUUUGUAUGACGACGAUGGUGUUUCCAAUCAAAUGGAAAGAAACCUAGAAGACAACACCCCAAUCUCAACUAUGCAAAAGAAGCCAACUAUGCUGGUCAAUCUCAGAGAAGUACAAGAAGACAUUGUUGACAAUGUUAAGGAAAAAGGCCACUCAAGUGUUAUUCCAUCGAAUGACAAAGAGGGUGAAGAAAUGGUUGAUGACCAUAAACGCGAUGAUUGUGAUGGUGAUGUGUAUGACGAUGAUGGUGUUACCAAUCAAAUGGAAAGAAACCUAGAAGACAACACCCCAAUCUCAACUGUUCAAAAGAAGCCAACUAUGCUAAUCAAUCUCACAGAAGUACAAGAAGACAUUGUUGGCAAUGUCAAGGAGAAAUUCCACUCAAGUGUUAUUCCAUCGAAUGACAAAGAGGGUGAAGAAAUUGUAGAUGAGCAUGAACAUGAUGAUGAUGGUGGUAAUGAUAAUGGCAACAAUGAUGUUGUUGAUGAUCAUAAUCACAGUGAUGAUAAUAAUAAUGGUGUAGUGGAUGGUUAUGGUGAUGGGGAUGUUCAUAAUGAUGUUUCCAAUGAAAUGGAAAUAGACAUAGAAGAAGAUACCCCAAUCUCAACUGCUCAAAAGAAGCAAACUAUGGUACUCGUUGUGAGAGAUAGGGAUGAAAACGAUGAGGAAAAAGUCAACUUAAGUGUUCAGCCAUCAAAUGACAAAGAGGGUGAAGAAAACGAUGAUGACUAUGACGACGACGACGAUGAUUACAGUGAUAGGGAUGGCAGUGAGGACAUUUCUGAUGAAUCAGACGAUGGUGUUGGAACGGAGGCCAUAUGGCCAGAACUCCCAGAAGUUGAGGAUAGUCUAUUGGGACUUAAUAAAGGUCCUUAUAUAAAUGAAGAGACGAUCGAAGAAGAUGGACCCAUCAAUGCAGAAAGUUAUAUAACUGUGUGGGGACGAGUUAUGAAGAUGGACAUCAUUCUUGACCGUCUAGUUACAUACUUGUUCUUAUCCAAAAGGAGAACUGUUGCAGGAACUAUUGCAUGGCUCAUUGUGUAUUCUUGCAUUGUUGCCAUUGCUCUCAUUUUUGUUUUAGCCAACUUCCUAAAUUAUUGAAGAAAAGCGUUAUGUAUAUGAACCAUAUGGCGGCGGCUUUGUCAUCUCCUGGCAACUUCAUUGUUUACUGCCUGUAAUUGAGAGAUUUGCAGGUGCUCUAACUUUUUUAUUAUUGAAAAAACGUACUUGCCAUUCAAUUCAUUUUUAUUAGCCUUCGAAAGGCAAAUGCAAUGUGUCUUUGAGACAAACAAUUAUUCCUUUUUUUUGUAUUUAGAAGCAUAUUACUUGAGGUGUAGUUUGGUACUAUUGAACAACUAAAUAC